CUGGGUGGAAGAACCGUCCGAGUGGCAGCUCCCUUUCUGCUCUUACCUUACUCACUAAACUCAAGUGUCAUGGAGGACUCCAGUAGUUGAUGUUUCCUGCUGCAACCUUCUCUUUUUCAGCUUUCUUCCACGUCCGAUCACUCCCGACCCGGUUUUUGUUGACGUUUUUGACCCUUUUUCCAAGCUUUGACCAAUCCAAGAACAUGAAGUACAUCAUCGGCAUUGGCAGCGUGACCGAUGGAGGGAAAACCACCCUCACCAACUGCCUGAUCAAGAACCUGCCCAACUGCUGCGUGGUCCAUCAGGAUGACUUCUUCAAGCCCCAAGAUCAGAUUGAAGUUGGUGAAGAUGGCUUUAAGCAGUACGAUGUCAUCACUGCUCUGGACAUGGACGCCAUGAUGAGUACGAUCUUCGCGUGGCUGGUGAAGUUUGACAAGUCUCAUGGCGUUAAUAACACCCUGAACACAGAGAUCGUCCUGAAGUCUGACCACAAGGAGGAGGAGGAGACUCACAUCCUCAUUGUGGAAGGCUUCCUGCUUUACACCUACAGGCUUUUGAUCGACGUGCUAAACCAACGUUACUUUAUUUCCAUCCCAUAUGAAGAAUGCAAAAAGAGGAGGUGCUCUAGGAAGUAGACGGUGCCAGA